AUGGCUUCUACUUGGACUUGCAGAGCCUGUCGCUCGGCCUGGCGCUCGUCAAGACUGUCGAAGACCAAUCCCAUCCUUCGACGCUCGCUUUCCACCAACUCCAAAUUCUUCAAGGUCUCAGAAGAAAUUCUACAAGCCAUCGCCGAGAAACGACCAGUCGUAGCUCUUGAAACAACGAUAUACACCCAUGGAUUCCCUUACCCGGAUAAUGUUGCUCUAUCAACGAAACUAGAGUCGUUAGUCCGAGAGAAUGGAGGUGUUCCUGCGACGAUAGGCAUUCUCGAUGGCGUAGCUAGGGUUGGUCUUGAUUCAAAAGAGCUUGAUCAGCUCGUCUCAUCACCCGGCUCCCCUAAUGUCUGGAAACUGUCUCGAAGGGAUCUUGGCUUCGUACUGGGAAUGAAGGACGCAGAAGGCAAACCACUCAAUGGCGGGACCACGAUCUCUGGAACGUCCGUAUUGGCACACAUGGCUGGCAUCAAGAUCUUUGCUACGGGAGGUCUGGGAGGUGUUCAUCGAGGCGCUGAAUUGACAAUGGACGUUUCGGCAGAUCUGACGGAGUUGGGAAGGACUCCUAUCACUGUCAUAAGCUCAGGGUGCAAAUCUUUCUUGGACAUCCCGAAAACUCUUGAGUAUCUGGAGACACAAGGCGUAGCGGUUGCUACUUUUGCGGCCGGUAGAACGGGGUCUGUUGACUUUCCCGCUUUCUAUGCCAGAGACAGUGGCGUCAAGAGCCCCGUAGUGCUUCGAGAUGAGAUUGAGGCCGCGAGAGUUAUCUUUGCGCAGAAUUCGCUCGGCCUGCAGUCUGGCCUGCAUUUCGCCAACCCGAUUCCUGAUAAAUUCAGUGUGCCCUUCCAAGAAAUGGAGAAGGCGAUUGCCGAGGCCUUGGAAGCUGCCAGUGCUGCUGGGUCGAAGGGCGCUGCGAUUACCCCUUUCAUUCUGGAUAAGAUCAAAGAGGUUACGGGAAGUAGGAGCGUGGAAGCCAACCGAGCUUUGGUUGAAGCCAACGUCAUACGCGGCACCAAGGUGGCAGUCGAGUUGAGAAAGCUUGAGCAAGAAGGUAGCGCGGGCGACUCACACAGUGUCAUGACCGGACCCGCUGCAGCAAGCUUCACCAACGAGGGCGUGCCAAAGAGUUUCGCCGCGGCCGCACAGCAACUGGAAUCGGAACCCAGAAGAGACGGUGCGGCAGAUCAAGUCCCACUGUCAGAAACGAGAGCUGACGUUUUUGUCGCCGGUAGCUUAGCGGUCGACCUCGCCUGCGACUUCAGCCCACGACCAGGCUCACGUUCGCAAUCACCGGAGCUGCAGACCUCGAAUCCUGCUCGCAUAGCUCAGUCAUUGGGUGGUGUGGGACAUAAUGUCGCUCGGGCUGCACAUCUAAUGGGAGCCAAUGUGCGUCUUUGUAGUGCUGUUGGCGACGAUCUCACUGGCAAGGCUGCGUUGGAAGCUCUGUCGGCAGCAGAUAUGUCUACAGUAGGCGUCAAGACACUCUCAAAAGAUAGUGGUAGCCGCACAGCUCAGUACAUCGCCGUCAACGAUAAGAACAAAGACCUUGUGCUUGCCAUGGCCGAUAUGAGCAUUCUCGAAACACCAUCGUCCCUAUCCAACGCCCUCGCAAACACAUUCGACGACUUCUGGCUCCCUCAACUCCACGCUUGCAAGCCCUCUCACCUCGCCAUCGAUGGCAACUGGUCUCCUGGGUAUCUCGCCCGCUGGCUCCAAGCUGGCAAAGACAUCAACGCCCACAUCACCUUCGAACCCGUCUCCAACGCAAAAUCCAUCGGCAUCUUCAACCUGCCCCACCCAAACACCCUCUCCGUCUUCCCUUCCCCAUCUCUCCACCUCGCCACGCCCAACAUCCACGAACUGUCCGCAAUGUACACCGCGGCUCGCGAGAACCAAUUCUUCGACCGCGAAGACUGGUGGACCGUCAUCGACGCUUUGGGGAUUCCACAAGGCGGUGCGAGGGUACAACUCGCACUCGCUACGACACCAAAACUUGUCGAUCAGGGCGUUCCGCAGCAGACGAUUCAGCUGUUGCCUUUCAUUCCCACUAUUGUCACGAAAUUGGGCAAGCAAGGCGUUCUCCUCACUCAAAUCCUCUCUGCCAACGAUCCUCGCUUGAGCAGCGGCGAGUACGCACCAUAUAUCCUCUCACGGUGCGCGAACGAGACGGAGUCGACGCUAGGUGUUGGAGGGGUGUAUAUGCGUCUUUUCCCAGCGGUUGAGGAAGUCGACGAGGCAGAUAUUGUUAGUGUGAAUGGGGUGGGGGAUACAUUUGUGGGGACGCUCAUUGCUGGGUUAGCGAGGGAGGGGAACGGAGAGGGAAGGGUGGAAGAGUUUGUGGAUUUGGCGCAGAGGGCGGCGGUGCUGACAUUGAAGAGUGCGGAGGCGGUCAGUCCUGGGUUGGGGACUUUGGGGUUUUUGUUGUGA